AGCCCAACAAAUUAGUACCAAUGGACAAGUUUGUGCGUCCUAUUGAUGGUAAAUCAAGCAAAGAGGAAGCCUUGAAGCAGCUAAGUAUGAAUGAAGCACUAUUCAAGGAGAGAAGAGGUCAAUGUUCACCAUAUGUUGCUAGAUGGGUGUAUUCACAUGGCAUACCAUUUAAUGCUCUUGACAAUGAUGAGUUUUGUCAAAUGUGUGAGGCCAUAGGCAAAUUUGGUCCUGGAUAUGAGCCUCCUACUCAAUAUGAGCUUAGGGAGAAGUUGUUGAGUGAUGAGUAUGCAAGGACCAAGAGUUUGUUAGAUGAACGUGAGAAGGAGAAGAUAAAGCUUGGGUGCACCAUCAUGACAGAUGCAUGGACGGACAUGAAGAGGAGGAGCAUAAUGAAUUUGUGCAUGCAUUGCAGUGGGGGGACAAGUUUUCUCAAAUCAAAGGAAACAUCUGAUGUGUCACAUACAAGUGAAGUCAUAUUUCAGCUAGUGGACAGCACAAUUGAGGAGGUAGGGGCGGAGCAUGUGAUGCAAGUGGUGACGGACAAUGCUUCCAAUAACAUGGGAGCCAAGAAAAUGUUGCUUGAGAAGAGGCCGGAGAUCUUUUGGAGCUCUUGUGCAACUCACACUAUCAACUUAAUGCUCCAAGGAAUUGGCAGCCUCAAGAGAUUCAAAACAAUAAUUGAUCAAGCAAAGAACCUCACCAUCUUCAUCUAUGCGCAUCACAAGACUUUGGCAUUGAUGAGGGUUGCUACAAAAAGGAGAGAUAUCAUAAGGCCGGGGGUGACUAGAUUUGCUUCCGCUUUUCUCACAUUGCAAAGUUUGUUGGAGAAGAAAGAUGCUUUAAGGUAUAUGGUGGUUGAAAGAGCUUGGGAAGAUAUGAAAAAUGUGAAAACAAAGAAAGGCAAGGAUGCAACGGCAACGGUGAUGGAUGCAAACUUUUGGAAAGGUGUGCUCCUAUGCAUAAAGGUGUUUGAGCCAUUGGUGAGAGUACUUCGUUUGGUUGAUGGGGAUAUUAAGCCAUCGAUGGCUUGGUUGUAUGGAGAGUUGGUGAAUGCAAAGAGGGAGAUGAAGGAGGCAUUUAACAACUUGGAGAGGAACUACAAAGAUACUAUGGGCAUUGUUGAAAAGAAGAUGAAUGGAAGGCUAGAUUCUCCACUGCACAUGGCCGCAUAUGUGUUGAACCCACACUAUAGUUAUGCAGAUAGCUCCGUCUUUACCACUGCAAAUGAAGGAUUUCAGGAGUGUGCUGAACAAUACUAUGCAAAUGAUCAUGAUACUUGCAUGCUGGUUGUCAAUGACGAGUUUCUGAAAUAUGAAAACAAAGAAGGAACUUUUGGAAAGAAGCUUGCAAAAGCAUGUGAAAAUAAAAGCUACAGCCCCGUUGGUUGGUGGAAGCUUUAUGGAGGAGAAACACCAAAUUUGAAAGAAAUGGCUAUGAGAAUCCUCUCUCUGACCUCUAGCUCUUCUGGUUGUGAAAGAAACUGGAGUCCAUUUGAAUCGAUACAUACCAAGAGAAGAAAUAGGCUCACAACGGAGCGAUGCAACAAUUUGGUCUUCAUAAGGUUCAACAAUAGGAUGUUGUCUAGGAAACAAAAGCUCCUAGAGAAGAAGAAAUGGGAUGUGCUCAUUAGCACCGAUGCUACCAAAGCUCAAGGAUUUCUAUUUGAAGGAGGGGAUGAUUAUGCAAGCGUUGUUUAUCUUGAUGAGGAGGAUGGAGAUGUUCAUCUGGGUACGGGGAUAUCAUGGGAUCUACUUGGUGAAGCAAUGGGAGCACAAGAGCAACUCCAACUUCGGAGGAGUGCAAGAGUGAGAGACCUUGAGGAGGAGGAGUUUGAAUCCGAUCAUGAUGAUGAUGAGAUAGUGGAUGAAGAUGAGAUUGAGUAUGAGGAUGAUUGA